AUGCAGCAUAAAUUUGAUGUGCUUAAAAUGGGGUCCAUUUAUCAGCGAGUUCACCCAAAAUCAGCGAAUCUGUUACAGGCACCAGUACAGAUAUCACGACACCACAGAUGUAGCACAGGUAUGAUAGCGUUGUCGCUUGACGGUGGCGGUGUUCGAGGUUUGGUGUCGCUCGUGUGUUUGUUGUUCACUUCGAGACGUGUUUUCGGUGAUGAGUAUUUGCCCAAUUUAGUGGACUGGAUAAUAGGUACCAGUGCGGGUUCAAUGUUAGGCCUAUUGCUGGCAAAAGGUGUGACAUUAACGGAGGCAUUCUUUCUCUACUGGGAUAUGAAAAACGAGGUUUUUCUUGACGGUUCAACAAUGAAGCGUUUAUUCGGUCAUACGGUUGAUUAUCAAUCACGAAAUAUGGACAACUGCCUUAAGAGGUGUUUUCCGGACGACUGUACCUUCUUCAGUUGUGCAAAGCGAUUGACCGUACCGGCACUUGACAUCACAACAACACCAGCCAAAUUGCAUGUGUUCAGGAACUACAGCGUCAAUUCUGAAAUCUCCAGAUCACCAGUGGACGAUGCACUCUUCCGUGAUGCAGCACGGGCGAGCGGAGCAGCACCAACCUAUUUCAAUCCACAUACAGUGAAUGGUCGAGUUCUUGUCGAUGGCUCGUUUGUUGCGAAUUGUCCGCUUAAUUUACUGUUCAAGGAAGUUGAUCAGUGCAAUAGGAAUGGAUCAACAAUAUCGCUAGCUGCAAUUAUAUCCAUAGGUACUGGUGAACCUUGCGCUACUCAGCGUAAAUUGACUUGUGGUAAGAACCUGAAAUCAAAGGGUAAAAACAUUCUCCAUCUCAGUUCGUUACUUCUUGAACAGUCUGUUGGUUACGAACAAUCAGGAUUGGAAUCUGCAAAAGAACGUUGCCUCGCACAAAAUAUUCCACUGAUUCGACUCAAUCCCAAAGGUGUGAGCGUAAGGAUCGAUCAGACUGAUGAUGGCAAAUUGAUGGAUAUGAUUUGGAUAACACUCAAAUACCUGGCAGAUAAUACGCGUGAAAUUGAUAAACUUGGCGAAAUUUUGUUCCGUUUAUUCGGUGAUCAUAGCGAUUUACGUAUGCGUAGUAAUACGAUAUUAUAG